AUGAGAGUACUGGAUUGGUUGUGUGGGUAAGUUUUUUUAGUUCUUAUGGCGAGAAUACACUAAUAUGUAAACUAUUUUUUAGUGUUUAGUAUGUUAAGUCUGAUUUUUGACAUGUUAAAAGGAUGUUAUGAUAGUAUUGUAAAGUUUAUGGACGGUUUGAUUGACAUUUUUGUCUAUAUAGCAUUACUUUUGAUAGAUUUUGUGUAGUUCACUACCUCACUAAGCCUUCUUUUGUUUAUUUUACGGUUUUUUUUUCACUGUAAUGCGACUUGUAUAUUAAUGUUGUCAGGUAUUGCAGGUGUGAUGCGCCGAACCGCGACGAGAGUGCGGCCUACCUGGCCGAUCCGAAGAGCAGUGCUGGCGAUCUGCCCGAGAAGAAGCCGGUUGUCCUGUGCACAGAUCAGCCUCGUUCGAAUGGGCUGGAACAAGCCUUCAAACCGCGUCUUCAGGCCACGUUGGAGCUUCAAAAAGAGAUCAAAGAAGACCAGUCGGCGAAAGCGGUAAGAAAUGUUUUUGAAUAUGUUUGGGUGAGGGAAAAGUCGGCGACCCUCCGCCUCGCUGCUCGCCUGCUUUUAUUAAUUUUGUUAAGUAAAUUUUUGUUUUUGCGUUGGUUUAAUGGUGUGAUAGGCUGCUAUUUAUUUGAUUGUUUGACCUGUUUGGAACGGAGGCAAUUGUCAUGGUAGACGGGUCUAUAACACGUAUAUUCUGGGAGGUAAUUUAAUGGAGUGGUUGGUUUUGGUAGAGGUAUAGCUUUUAAAACAAGGUUUGAAUUGAGGUUGAUUAGGAAAAGUUUUGUAUGUAUAUUGACCUUUGAGAAAAGAAAAUGUUGUAAAUGAAUGUAGUUAAUCUUGUGAGCUUUAAAUGUACAAUUUGUAAGAAUUUUUGGCAUUUAUUUAGCUUUAAAGUGUCGCUUUACGUUUUCUUUCUAUAUAGUCUUGACCUGUACAAUACCACUUUCGUUCGAUCUCAAUUAAUGUAGUUCUAAUCCUAACAUCCCGAAUGCAUUUGAAUAUGAAUAUGAAUUAGGGCCCGGAAGAGGAAGGGACCUUCAUUUGCGGACCUCAUUAUAGCGCCAUAUGCUCAAAAGUAAUAUCUUAUUGCGGAUAUCUUCUAUAGCUUGCUCUGUUUUCAGCUACCUGCCGCCAAUAACGACAUGUCGCUUAGUGUGAUCACGUUCUCGUCCGUAGAACAGAGUGUGAACGCUUAUAGGGAGCUGUGCCAGAAUGUAAAUGCUGUUCUGAACGAUAGGAUCAACAGGAUGGAGAACCUGCUGGAGACACAAAAGGGACUGCCGGAAGAAGUUGAGGAUGACAUAAGAUUGGCCAGAGGCAAAAUGAUGGUGAUAAGAAAGAAUAACCUGACAAAGUUCAGUAAAUUGGUCGAGGUAGGUUGUAUCUUAAUGUUUUGAGCGCAGCCUUUAAUGUGUUGUAGUUGUUUUUAAAUUUAUGGAUUAGUAUUGUGUGAUAUUAUUUUAAGGUUUAUACACUUCAUCUGUGUAUCACAUUUAGAGAAAAUUACUUUUAGGCCGCGGAAGACACCGAACAAGGAAUCGCCGACCUCACCGGCUUCUGGGGCCUAGUUCACGCUGAAUUAGAGGACGUGAAAAGAGCGUGUGGAAGAGUAGAACAAGCUAGACAAAACUUGUGGCAAGCUGUUCCUCUACCGCCAUCCCCACAACAACCUACUGCCAGAACUCCAGGUACACGACGAGUAUCUACCGGCAAUCGAAAUGGUACAGCCACUCCUAACAGGACUCCCAAACCCACGCCCAAGACCAACCCCAAGUUGAGAGAGUUUAUGGCCCAGAAGAGAAAGGAAAUGCAGGACAAAGUUGUGGCAGAACCACAAACAGUAGCGUAA